UUGAACAACUUUGACAUGUGUCUGAAAAUGACAGUGCAAUUUCUGAAGCGUCAUCAUAAAAUUUACUGGCGGUGCAUUAUUUAAAUAAUUUUAGUAGCAAGAAAGAUGUCUGAUCAAUUGGAAUCGGUGGAAAUGGACUGCUCGGAGGAAAUAGUUUCCGCUGAGGAACCGGAAACCUCUGGCAAUCCGGAAGCGGAUGAUAACACCUUUAAGGUGCCCUUGCCGCCGAAGCUCGAUAGUCCGGGCUACGCCGCGAAGAACACCUUAUCCGGACACACGUUAUGCGUCACGUCCGUAAAGUUCCGUCCGGAUGGCGAGCAGCUGGUCAGCGGCUCGGCGGACAAGCUCCUGCUGCUGUGGGACGUUAAGACGGCCAAGUCCCAGCAAUCGAUGUCGGGGCACACGGUGGGAAUCAAUGAUUUGGCCUGGUCGCAGGAACACCACUUGGCCAGCUGCAGCGACGACAAGACCGUGCGUCUGUGGGAUCAUCGCAUUGAAAAGUGUCAAAAAGUCCUGGAAGGGCACAGCCGGCAAGUUUUCGCGUGCCGCUUCAAUCCAUCGGGAAACUUGCUGGCCUCCUGCAGCUACGAUGAAACAGUUCGCCUGUGGGAUGUACGCACGACCCGGACCCUCAAGGUGGUGACAGCUCAUCAGGAUCCCAUUACCUCGCUGGACUUCAACCGCGAUGGCACUCUCUUUGCAACCAGCAGCUUUGACGGUCUGAUCCGCGUGUGGGACACAGCCUCCUUUCAGCUGCUAAAGACGCUUAUCGAUUCCGACAACUCGCCUGUGGGCUAUGUUAAGUUCUCACCCAACGGCCGAUAUGUGCUGGCCUCCACUCUCAACUCCACCCUGAGGCUGUGGAACUUCUUCAAGGCGAAGUGCCUGCGCUCCUACCGCGGCCAUGUGAACGAGGCCUACUGCAUCAAUUCAAACUUCUCGAUCACGGGCGGCAUCUGGAUCGUGUCUGGCAGCGAGGACAAGUCGCUAUGCAUCUGGAAGCUACAGACCAAGGAGCUGGUUCAGAAGGCGGAUACCGAGGGCGACCAGGUGAUCUGCACCGACUGUCAUCCCAAGGAGAAUGUGAUAGCCACCGGGGCCCUGCAGAACGGCUUCACCGUCAAGCUGUGGAAGAGCAGCGAGGAGACUCCUUCGGUUCAGUCAUAAGAAAUGGUUCGGUUCUCAAGAAAUUGGAGUAAGAUUGAGUUAGGAUAGGAUAGCCUUUGAUGUGGCUUUAUUAAUGUGCCCUCUGUUCUGCGGAGCAAGUGCCAAAGUUAUCUCUGUAAUUGUUGA